AAAAAUCAAGAAAUGUCAGGGGGAUCCGUCGUCGACCAAUUUUCACUGUUUUCAUCCACCUUGCAGGGAAAAAGGCAAAAUUACCCCAAAACCGAGCCAUUUUAUCACCCUUUGACACAUUGUGUAAAUCCAAAAGGAAAGUUUGCUUCUGCAGACAAUAUGUAUCAUCUGCUUCCGGAUAAUGUUUUGGAAGUGAUUUUCUCAUACCUGGACCUCAGGGAGUUGCGUGAUUGUUCACUGGUGUGCAAAAAUUGGUAUAGAUAUCUCAAUGAUGAGAAUAAUGAUGUGUGGCGGAUGCACUGUGUUCGGAAAUUGGCCGAAGAGGCCAUCAAAAGUGACCUCUUGUCUACCCUUCCAUCGUACAAAGCCAAACUCCGGGCAUUCCAUCAUGCGUGGAAUCCCAAUGAUUGCUCCCGCAAUGUCUACAUCAAACCAAAUGGAUUCACCCUCCAUCGGAAUCCCGUUGCACAGAGUACGGACGCAACACGGGGAAAAAUUGGCUUCCGACAGGGACGGCAUGCAUGGGAGGUGAUCUGGGAGGGUCCACUGGGUACUGUGGCCGUCAUUGGUAUCUCAACAAAAUCCGCUGCCCUCCAAUGCCACGGAUAUGUGGCACUUUUAGGCUCCGACGAUCAGAGCUGGGGCUGGAAUCUAGUCGACAAUCACCUGCUGCACAACGGCGAUGCCCAGGGUAACUAUCCUCUCCUCAACAAUGCGCCAAAGUAUCAAGUUGGUGAGAGGAUUCGUGUUAUUCUCGAUUGUGACGACAAUACACUGUCCUUCGAGAAAAACUACGAAUUCCUCGGCGUAGCCUUCCGGGGACUACCAGACAAGAAACUCUACCCCACAGUCUCAGCCGUUUACGGGAACACAGAGGUUUCGAUGGUGUACUUGGGCCCACCGCUGGACGGUUAAUAGUUAAAGUGAAAGUUGGAAUAGGGUGAGUCAAGCCAAUGGGCAUAAUUCCUCUAAUGUGCAAAUCCGACCCGAGGCUAGAAUUCUAAUUAUUAUUAGAUUAUUAAUAAGUUCCCAAAGAAAAACCCGUUCUAGUAGUAGAAAAAAAACCACAAAAAAGAACACCCCCGAAUAACCUUUUACCACUCACGUUAAUCAUGAAGACAAGUCUGAAUUAAUUUUAAAUGGAUGGUGAAAAAAAAAUAAUCCUAUAUUCUUAAGAUACGACAAAAAAAAAUCUUGCAAGUAUUCCUCCUUUAUGUUCCCUGCCCCUUUUACCCCCCAUCAGACGUACAAAAAAAAAGAGAAAACCAAUCCCUUCCCUUUUGAUUUGCUUUCCUGGAGAAAAAACUGGGAUGAAAAGUUGGAGGGAUUGAGGGAAUUAAACACAGAAAGUCCUA